AUGGAGCAAUCAAUGGGUGUGAUUUCAGAUCUGAAACUGGGUGAAGAUUGGCCAAAGAUGGUUGUUGCAGAGUUCACUUUAUCCAAUUUGACCGUAUCACAUGCUGUUUUGGAGUCAACUACUGUUAGCGAGAUGAUUAAUGGAAAAUCACAUGUGAUCAAUCACGAUUUGGAGUUGAGUUUUUUCAUUCACUACUGCAUCUCCAAAGGUAUCGAUGUGGUGAAGUUUAACAUCCAGUUUAAAAUUGUUGUUGAUUUUGUUCCAUCUUCUUCUUAUGUUGCUCCUUCUUCAUCAUCAUCAAGUUGUGUUUCAAACAACGAUGUGGCUAUUGUAGAAGAUUUGACCGAUGAUUCAUCUUUGGUCAAAAGGGUCCCCAAGAAAUCAGAUGCUUGGGCCAACAUCUUAACUGGAGUAGGGAAUGUUUUUGAGAGUAAAAUUAUUUUUCGUGAUGGUGUUAAGAAGUACGAAUAUCAUAGUGGUUACAAACUUGAUGUACGUAAGAGUGACAAGAAACGUUACACUGUCCGGUGUAUUAACAAGGAAAGUCAAAGUUGUGGCUGGAGGUUUCACGCAUCUCUCGUUGCUAAUACUAAAGGUGUCUUUCGGUGCAAGAAGUUUCAAGGAGAGCAUUCAUGUGAUUUAGCUUCUUCUGAUCCCGCGAAAGUCAGGAUGACGAAAUCUUUUCUGAAGGAUAUCUUAGUAGAUGAAUUUCGAGCAUCAAAGAAGAAGAAGGCUGCAGCUGAUGUCCAAGAUCUGCUCCAUCUGGAAUAUGGUAUUGAUCUCACGUAUAGUCAGGCAUACCAUGGUUUAAAGUUCACUAAAGAUUUUCUUUGGGGUGAUGACAUCAAGUCUUAUUCAGACCUUCUUUGGUAUAAAGAUUCAAUUGAACGUUAUAAUCUUGGUAGCGUCGUCAAGUUUGAGUAUGAUGCUUCUAUUACUGGUUUCAAUAAGUACUGUCGUCAGAUGUUGUUUAUUGAUUGUACUUUCCUCACUGGGAAGUUUAAGGGCGGUCUUAUGGUUGCUUGCGGAAAAACUGGUAACCAAGAGAUCUAUCCAGUUACAUUUGGAAUAGUUCCCUGUGAAAAUUGUGCCAGUUGGGAAUGGUUCUUAACCAAUUUGAAGGGUAUUAUCAGUGAAGACCGCCCACUGACCAUCACAUCAGACCGUGGAGCUGGCCUUUUGAAGCAUGUCCCUCUUGUCUUUCAAAAAUCUUUUCAUUCUUUCUGUUUGUACCACAUGAAAGGUAAUGUUCCUGUUCCAAAGGGAAAGAGUAGGCAAACUGCUGUGAAGCUUUUUGAAGAGUGCUACACUGCCUUAACAAAUGAGAAGUUUUAUGUUGUUGCCAGGACUAUGAGAAAUCUGAAGCUGGAUUCAGUUAUUGAUUGGAUGAUAAAGAUUCCGUUCCAGAACUGGGAUGCUCAUGCGUUUCUAGGAGAAAGGUUUGGUGAGAACACAUCAAACAUUGCUGAGAGUUUUAACAGUGUGAUUAAGCAUGAUAAGCGACUUCCAGCAUUUGAGAUUCUUGAUUAUAUUCGUGCAUAUGUAAUGGAGAAGAACUACAAGAGAAAGGUGGAGUAUGGUAAGUGGAAUGGAAAGCUUACUCCCCGGAUGCAGUCUAGGCUCAGCAAGAGGGUGACUGAUUACCGUUUUUACAAGUUCCGAAGAUCAAGUGAUAAAGUUUUUGAGGUCAUUUCUCCUACUGGAAAGCACUUAUUCGACUUGGAUGCUAAGACUUGCACUUGCAAUUGGUGGCAGAAGCAUAGUUUCCCUUGCACCCAUUCGAUGAAAGCGAUGUUGCAGAUUGGGCCAGAUGAACCUUACAAAUACAUCAUACCAUAUUAUACCACCGAGUAA